GGGCUGGGCCGUGCCGGGCGGGCGGCAGCGGGGCUGCCAGCGCGGAGGCGGCGCGAAGUGGUGCCGGGUAUGGCUCCGCCGGCGGCGAGCGGGAUCCCGUCGAUUGCUCCCUCGCUGGGCCCGACGGCCGUCUGGCUGGGGAACCGCUCCGAUCUCGGUGAUGUACAGGCCUUGGCAAGCCGUGAUCUACCGACAACUACUGUGACAGCUGGCAAUAAUAACAAGCCUGAGCACCUAGAGUAUGUUGCCUUUGUAUUGGUACCUGUUUUCUUCAUCAUGGGUCUCUUGGGGAUCCUCAUCUGUCACGUCCUUAAGAAAAAGGGGUAUCGUUGUACAACAGAAGCUGAAGAAGUAGAGGAAGAGGAAAAGCCUGAUGAAAAAAUAGAAAUGAAUGAAACUGCGCAUGAGAAUAGUGACACUGUAGGACAAAUUAUUAACUACAUUAUGAAAAAUGAAGCAAAUGCUGAUGUGUUAAAGGCCAUGGUAGCAGAUAGCAGUGUCUUUGAACCCGAAAGCCCCAUGUCUCCUAAUGCUCCUGGAAGUCCAACAAGUCCAGGGUCUCCUUUGUCACCUGGUGCUGCUUCACUUAAACACAACUGCAAAGGCCAUCACUUACAUACUGUUGGAGGAGUAAUAGAGAAGGAUGUUUGUUCUCGCUGUAGCCACAAACGAUGGCAUCAUAUAAAGCCAGCUCACAAAUCCAAAGAGCACAGAAGAAGUCGCCUUGGAGAGGUUACAGUACUUUCUGUGGGAAGGUUUAGAGUCACAAAAGUGGAGCACAAGUCUAAUUCCAAAGAACGGAAAAGCUUGAUGUCUGUUACUGGGGUGGAGGGCCUCAAUGGUGACAUGCCUGCCACGCCCGUCAAACAGGAAGCAAAAGAAGCACCUGCCACACCUGUGAAAGAGGGGACGCAAGAGAGGAGAAGCUCUGAGUGAACUGCAGGUGGAACUUCUAAAAGAAGUUUGUCAACUAGCACUUUGGAGAAAACAGAGAACUCCCAAGAAAUGCAUUCUUAUUUAAGGAAAUGUGUUUAUGGCACUAUAGCAUUUUACAAGUUUUGUGAUGGCAUCCAUGCAAGGUUAAAUACUUACUGAUUUUUAUUGGUGAAAAAAAUAUUAAGAUUUACACAUACAUACUGUUGCGCAGUGUGGACCUCAUGCCAAAAAUUGAGCUUCAUCUUCAAAAGAAAAAAUACAUAUUAGUUUUUGGACAGGGAAGGUAAAAAACCUUACCACAUUAUUUUUUUCUUCAUACUCAAACAAGUAUUUUCUUGUACUGAGUUCUAUAUUACAAGUAAUCUGGUUGCUCUGUGGAUAAAUUGUGUUCACCCCUCUCGUCCAUUUGGAUUUUUUUCCUCUGUUCUUCCCUUCCAGAGCUCACAAGUACUCGCUGAAGAUGAAAGUCAGGCUACAGAAGAUGAAAAUGCUCUUCUAAUCUAAAUUUUAGUAGCCAAGCAAAACACACAAGGAAAUAAACAUUUCCAGUCAAAUCUGCAUGUGUGCAGACAUGCAGAAGUAAGUAAGCCUUCUGACUCUGUGAAAGGUAAUUCACAGUACAGUGGCUUAGCUGUACACAAGUGUCAAAUGAUACUGUUGUCCUUAUUCCCGUUACCUUAAUAACUAUUUAUCAUUAGGCUAAAGAGUGUCUUCUUCUAUGCACUUGUUGAGCUUUUGGAAAGGUCACUUUCAUUAAGACCAUUUCUUCUCCAGUUUUCUUGUAACUACUUAGUCGUAUUUGCAGAUUGCCUAAUAGCUUUGCCUUUCUCUUUUGUUUUUACCCACAGGUUCCUUAUUAAGCUAAGGCAACAUAUUUGAACCACUAGAUAAGGAUAUGGAAUAUUUGUCAUUAAAAAUGUAUGGAGUAUGUACUGAAGUACUUCAGAGUGGCUUCAGAGGGUAGCAGUUCUCACUGGCACCGAAAUCUUAAGCCAUUGUUUCACUGCCUUAAUAUUUUGAGUGUGAUCUACUGCUAAAAAUACCACUGAUGGUUUUGUGAUGUUAUUUUUGUGUCUACUUAUUAUGACCUUUACAAUCUUAUUGUUUUAUUUUGGCAAGGCAGGGGGAGGGGACCUUUGCAAUACUUCAGCAAAUUUUGCUAUGUGAAAGAAAGUGAAAAAUAACAUUUUCUCCAAGUGCCUAAGAAUAGAAGCUGUAGGGUAAAACAGCGUAGUAGAGAUUAUGCUAUAUUCUGAGAACUAUACAUUAAUUUAACCUAAAUUAUGAACUCUGUGAAAAUCAGCGCUUCUUUUGAAAUUGAUUUGUUUUAAAUUGCUUUCGAUCUUUUUUUGUCUGGGUGUUCUGAACUGUGUUUCUCUUUCAGAUCUGAGAAUCUUCAUCAGCGUAUGUAAUGUUAACAAUCAAUGUGUACGAAUAUUAAAAAUUCAUAUUCUUUUUUUAACCAUAUUAGAUACUCCCACAUCUUGUCAGAGAACUUUGAGUUUAUGUGAUGGUUGCUGGGAAACAUGUGCCGUGAUUGCCUUCCUUUGUCUUCAAUCAGUAAGAUUUGAUAGAUCCAAUUCUAGAACAGCUUGGGUUGGAAGGGGUCUUUAAAGAUCAUCUAGUUCUGCCCCCCUCUGCCCUGAGCAGGUUUACUGCUUGCUAGGUCCCGAUGCUUCUCACAGACACCAUAUUUGGUAGGGAGGAGGAACAAACCCAACCAAGCUCCUGAAAAGAAGUGAUGGUUUAUUGUGCCUUUUAAAAUGGAUAUUCAUAGAGAGAACUGCUCAUUCUUGAGUACCUAAAAUAACUCUGACCAGAACUGGUACUCAAGUGUUUAGCAUCCUUGCUGUCAUUAAUUUGUCUGGUUUAUAAAAUCUCUUUGAUAUUUAACAAACUACAAAGUUCGCCUUAUAGGCAUACAUUUGACAGAGUCUUGAUUUUUUUUUUUUCCUUCUUCAAACUUCACUUGAUUUCAAUAAAAAGCUAUUUAUUCUAGAAGAGUUUAAUUAGUGUUGGUUAUAGUAGUUAGCUUUCAAUUUCCAAGAGAUUGAGAGCUAUGAGUAUAAAAUGUUAUUGGAAAAAGGGAGUAUUGGGUAAAUAAAUGCUAUUAAAAGCAUUUAAAGCAAAGCAUUUAAAGUAAAUAAAAAAGCCAGGCAGUUUUAAACAGUUUUCAGAAAGAAGACGCACAGUUAGACUGUCUCAAAAGCUUUAAAAAAAAAAAAAGAAAGUUUUUAAUUUGAUGGUAUUGUGUUUUAAUACGUGGUUGGCCAGCAUUGCAAGGUCACAUACUGAAAGAAUUCAAAAGAAGCUUAAACAAAGAUAUCCUAUUUUUUUACUUAAUUUAAAAGUACUUCCUAUUUUGAUUCCACUUGAAUUAUGUAGAAUAAAAUUAAAACUUGUUGGAUAUGUAAAACAUUGUUUGCCUGUAUAACUUACUUACAUAAGGUAUUGUAAGACCUGGUAUGUACAAGACCUGAAUUUGUACAUUGCUUCCUCAGUAAGAAGAUUUAGAAGUGGUGCCUGUUUUUAUUGCCUUUAAUACACUACACUUUGCAGUUUUGUAGUUAUACGGACAUUGCCAUAUUAGUCAGCCUUUCUUAAAUUUGCAUAUCAGAUGUAUUUUUAACAAAGUAGUUUAUAUACAACUUUUGUACUACCAAGCAGAUAAUAAAAUAUUGAUUCUUAAA